AUGGUCGGUGCACCCAUCUCCUCCACUACCACCAUGGAUACUAAAUAUGCUCCACCUGCGGGACCAUACGCUACCCCAGCCGCCGCACUUUCCACGGUCCAGUCAUACAAUCCUUCAGCCCCACCAGCAGCCGCCUCUUACUCCGCCAUGCCACAACCUGCAGCCCCUUACCCUGCUGCCCCCUACCCUGCAUCAACCUACACAAACGCAUCGUCUAUCUAUCCUACAGCUCCAACUGCUUUAACCACAUCUUCCCCUUUCCCAUCAUACCCUCCUAAUUCAGUUUUACCAUCUUACCCUCCAAAUUCAACAUAUCCUCCUUCUGGAUCAAGCCCUUUUCCGGGAUUAAACACAUACCCUCCAACUUCUGGUAACAUAACUUACCCUCCUAGCACUACAUAUCCACCAUCAACCACCACAUAUCCACCGCAGACAACAUAUCCACCAUCAACCACCACAUAUCCACCGCAGACAACAUAUCCACCACCAACCGCCACAUAUCCACAGCAGACAACAUAUCCACCGCAGACAACAUAUCCGCCAUCCACAUAUCCACCACAGACAACAUAUCCGCCAUCAACAUAUCCACCACAGACAACAUAUCCGCCAUCAGCUGCCACAUAUCAGCCGCAGGCAACAUAUCCACCGUCAGCUGCCACUUAUCCGCCACAGACAACAUAUCCAGCACCACAAGGUUAUCCUACACAACAAACAACCGGAGCGUAUCCACCACCUCCAUCUGUUGCAGUGUACCCGCCACCACCACCAUACUAA